UGUUGUGUGUAAAAUCCACCACUGAAUCAACAGCAGCAGUUAGUCCAGUCUCUGACUGUCAACUUUAUCAUGACAUGUACAUCUGCACUGGUGCUCAGUACCGCAUGUACUGCAACACAACAGCGCAUACAUUCAAUUACCAAAAAUCUCAAUACCAAGACCAAUACCAAUGCAUCAAUAAUAACUGUAACUGCACUGGUAACAAGGACACCUGUACAUGCUCUAGUAAUACUCUGUCCUCCUGCUUCUGUGAGACUUACGGCAAUAGCAUCGCUCUCACUACAGCAGUUAGUCCAGUCUAUGACUGUGAGUGUUAUAAUGACACCUACAUCUGCACUGGUGAUCAGUACCACAUGUACUGUGACACAACAGUGAGUAAUUUUGACUAUUGGAGAGAUAGUUACCAAAACCAGUACCAAUACAGAUGCUCCCAACACCAAAAGAACUGUAGUUGCAUUGGCAAUAAGGACAACUGUACAUGCUAUGGUAGAACUCUGUCCUCCUGCUUCUGUGAGAGUUAUAGCAAUAGCAUCACUAACACUACAGCAGUUAGUCCACAUGGAGUCUAUGAAUGUGCACGUUAUAAUGACACCUACAUCUGCACUGGUGCUCAGUACCGCAUGUACUGCAACACAAGUCUACAUGAUUUCUACUACAGCAGAUAUGAGCACCAAUGCUGGAAUAAUAACUGUGACUGCCGUGGUAAUAAGAACACCUGUACAUGCUACUACAGUACCUCCUCAUGUUUCUGCCAGGACAGUAUCUCUACCAAAUCUCUCAGUCCCACUAAUACAGGUCUGAAUAUCAUACUGCUGAAAGACUACAUGGAUGAUGCAAUGAUGAAAAUACUGAAUGUGGUGGCUGUGAUCGUGGGGCUGGUGUUCCUCAGUUUGGCCCUGUUGACUUUUGCUUUUUAUCGGUGGAAUCCUGGAGUGAACAAUGUGGCUCGGAUCAACAUCUGCUUGAGUCUGCUGUUGGCUCAUCUUCUGUUCUUACUCACACAACAGUCCCUGAACUACAUACACCCUAACCAGGUGUUGUGUGCUGUGAUAUCAGGCAUUAUGCACUUCUUCUUUCUCUCCUCCUUUGUGUGGAUGCUCAUUGAAGCUGUGCUGCUUUUCAUGAGCUAG